UCUUCUGUGUGGGGUGCUGAAGUUAGAGAUACCAAAAGUGGUAGAAGGCAUGUUGUUAACACUGAAAUGCAUGAGUGCACUUGUUUGGAGUGGCAACACACUGGGAAACCAUGUGAUCAUGCCAUACUUUUCUUGGCCUCCCGACAUGCACCUUUAUUUGCACGAAUAUUACUCAGUAGCAAAAUUCAAGGCUGCAUACGCAACUCCAAUUCCAGCACUUACAGAUCAGUCUCAGUGGCCUGAAGUGGACAUAGAAUUUUCCAUGUGUCCUCCCCUAACAAAAAGAAAGGCUGGUAGGCCUAAAGGGAGCAGAUUCAAGGCAUGGUUUGAGAGAGGUGGGAGUAGUAAAAAAGGGAAGGGAAAGAAGGAUGGAAAACCAAAAAGGUCCCAGAAAGGUAACAAAAAUAGAUGCAAGUUGUGCCAGGAACUUGGGCACCGAGCUGGAUCUUCCAAGUGUUGUUACACUCCUAAAAGGCCAAAGAGGAAGUGUGCAGCUGAGCCCCUUGUUGUUGAAGAUUGCUGGCCAAAGAAAAAGAAAAGAGGCAAUGGUUGUAGAAAAAAGAGAAGUUAUGGUGAAACAAUGCAAACUGAGAAAAAUGAGCAAGACUUGGAUGUGCUGCAAAAUGAGCAACAAGACUUGGAUGUGUUCCAAAAUGAAGAUGUGGUCCAAAAUGAGCAAGACUUGGAUGUGCUGCAAAAUCAAGAUGUGGUGCAAAAUGGGCAAGAUAUGGAUCUGGUGCCAAAUAAUUAUCUUCCAGCUGAUGUUGUGCAAGCUGAGCCUAUAUUAGAAGUUGUGUUGCCUAACCCUGUUUUUCCACAAGAUGUGGUACAAAAUGAGCAAGAUAUGGAUCUGGUGCCAAAUGAUUAUCUUCCAGCUGAUGUUGUGCAAGCUGAGCCUAUAUUAGAAGUUGUGUUGCCUAACCCUGUUUUUCCAAAAGAUGUGGUGCCAACUAAGCCUAUAUUGGAAGUUCUCUUGCCAACUGAGCUUGAUGAUAUUCCAGCUGAUGCAGUGAUGAAAACCAAGAGCUUGAGUGAACUGGGUAUAGUGGAAAAUAGAAGCACUGAUAAGAAGAAGAAGAAGAAGAAGCUGAAGUGAAGUGAACUGGGUGUUGUACUAUGCUAUAGAAUAAAACUUUGCGUGAGACAAAUUUCCAGUUUGAGACAAAAUUCAAAUUUGAAGUUAUUUGGUAUGUGGUAUGGUGUUGUAUUUUUCAUAUGAAAUGUAUUUGUGUAAUACUAUUCAAGUUUGAGACAAAUUUCAAGUUUGAGACAAAAUUCAAAUUUGAGCCAAAAUUCAAAUU